AUGUUUAACACUAUUAAUCAUAUAAACCAAAAUGAUAAAAUAAUUGUUUUCAUAAAAGACACUUUCAUUGAAGCUCAAGUAUCUGAAUUAAACACAAGUUAUAUUAUGUCUAAUAUAGAAAUUGAAUUUAAAAUAUGGAAUACAAGUUUUGUAGCUUAUUGGAUUUACAAGCCACCCAACACAG